GAUUUUGUUCAUGGAUGACGAAACUCCCGGUUGGUUCACUUUACACGAAGGUGUCUUGAAGAUUUGGGAAGGCGUGUGCGUUUUGAUCUUAGAAGAAGAACUUCAGCUUUGUAAAGUUAGAAACGGAAAAAUAUUCAAGAUUGCUUUGGAAUCUUUCAACCUUAAGAAGGUUUCAUCCGACGGUUUCUGGAGUUGUGUAGAAAUAUUGGGAACACUGGAACCAGGACAUUGUCUAUUCUACUAUCACGCUGAAACACCUGACAAUGCUAAAAUCAUGCUAAAGAACAUAUCAAAUUCCACUGGCAGACAAUUUUCAUCACUAUCAAUUCGGCUUGAUCCGGACCCACUACGAACUCGGAACACAAAAGAAGUUUCGAAGCGAAUCUCUACGUGGUCCCAACUCGGACAGCAUUUCUUCAAAGAUUUUCGUCUCGUAUUUGAUGCAAAUAUGCCUUUGUGA